GGAAUUGUAGUUCAGCUCUUCGCAAAGAAGAACUUGAACGAAAAAGAGGCGGAAGGGAGCGAAGGAACUGGACAUCCCGGCAUCCUCUGCAGCCGAUGCGUGCUCCUCCUUUCAGGCCCUGUGGUUGGACUGGAAGGGCCAGAAGGGAGCCCAGAAAGAGAAAGGCCUGACAGCAUGGCAGUGCUGCUGGUGUUCCAAAGGCACCCUUUGCCGAAGCUCGGUGCCUUUCUCCGAAGCUGCUGGGCGCAGCUCGGCAGCCGCAGCCCUCCUUGGGCUCCUGCUUUGGCUGUUCAGGCCCCAGCUUUGCUGGAACCUGUGGAAGAAAAAACUGAAUAUGAUGAGACUCCAAGCUUUUUAGACAGCAUAUUUUGGAUGGCAGCCCCAAAGUCAAGGCGGACCAUUGAAGUGAAUCGAUGCAGGCGAAGAGACUUUAGGAAGCUUAUAAAGUUAAAGACAAACAUAGAUGUCUGUCCUCAGUGUGGCAACUUGAAACAGAAGCAUGUUCUUUGUGGCUAUUGUUAUGAAAAGGUUAAACAGGAAACUCUUGCCAUAAGGAAGCAAAUAUGGGCACAUGAAGGAGGACCUCAUAAGGCACCUACCGUAGAAACUAUUGUAUUGUAUGAAGGUGAGAAACCCAGGGAGCAAGAUGAAGGCAAGCGGAUCAUAGAAAGAAACAGGAAACGGCCAUCUUGGUUCACACUGGAUUGACCACAUAGCAGUGAAAAUACAAAUAUAAAUGUUUUGAUAAGACACAGUCCCAAGAUAGAUGGAAAAUAAAGAAAUGAACCUUUUCAAUAAAAUUUCACUGCUACACUUUGACUGUUAAAGUGUAUGUAAAUAAUCAAAUGCACUCAGAAAUUAAUUGUACAAUUAGAAUAUGUCUGGAUUGAUUAAUGUAGUUACUGUACAUUUAAUUGAUCAUAUCACUAUUAAAGUUGGCUGACCAAUGAA